AUGGCACCCAGUACAUCCGGUCCGCAGAUCUUCGACGACGCCAGUCGACCCCCCGUCAAAUCGUCGGUUUUCCGGACCAUGUUGUCCAGACCUCACAAGAGGAACCAGUCUGCAGACGACGCCACGCCCCAAUUCCAUAUGAACACACCAGUGGGCACCACACCCUUCCCUUUUGCUGGGGGCCCUGCUCCAGCCCCGGGCCAUCUCCCACUCGCGGAAAUCGCUCCGAAUCGCGAUGCCGGAGAAACCAACGUGCCUACUCACCAGCAUGGAAACAAGAACGGCAAGAUUGUGCAUAAGAAAACCAAAAGUACCGUUUCUCUGAAAUCACUGAGAAGCUACAUGGAGCGAAAGUCCGAAGACACACCCCAGGAAGAGACGGAGGAGAAGUCUCCAAAGAAGACCAAAUCAUCCACCAGUCUUUCCGUUCUUUUGAAGCGGUCCCAACGGGGACGCAAAGCCAACGGCUCCAAGCAAAGCCGUGACAAGGAAAACCGAAGCCCGACAGACCUCGUCGAUAGCAUGCCAUCACCAGCCUGGGCAGCGCCCCCAGCCUACCCGGAAUCAGUCACUCGGUCACGACACAAUUCCACUUCCGACAGACAACGCAGUGUCGCGGAGGAAGUGUCCCUCUACACCCCCAAGGGGUACGGUCCAGCCCAACAACGAAACUUCUACGAUUACCAACAGCCACCGUCGCUUGCCAGACGGGGCGAGACGAAGCCUCGACCAAAGUCGGACAUCCUGACUGGGAACAGAAGGAUGAAAGAUUUCCUGGGAUCCGUGCAGCGCACACCCUCGGGAGAUAGCGAUAGUACUCGGAGUGUCGCUGCGUCAUCCAAGACUAGAGUAUCUGACCAGUCUCAAAAGGCCUCGGCUUCCGAAUCCUCCGCUCCAACCCCGAUCAAAGAAGAGCCGAAUCCCAAGAGAUUGUCUCGAGUACAGGCCGCAAUCUCGGCCUUCAACGCGAAGGAACGUGAUGCGGAUGUGCACAGACACUUGAACUCGAAGGAUCUGGAGAGUGAAUUUGAGAAGUUGCUGGAUGCGAGAAACAUCCCCCACAAUAUGAGGGACAAGAUGCGCUCUCUUGAUACCAACAUCAAGGCCGAUUUCAUUCAGAAGGACCGAACCGAAAAUGGCACACCCCACAGUGCUGGAACCUCGGAGAGCCGCCGUGGACGUGGAAAGGAAUCCAAGGACGACCGCCGAUCUGAAGACCGCAAGGGUUCGCGCUCGCGCUCUCGGAGCCGGGGCUUCACAUUCGGCAGAGGCUCAUCGUCUCCUGGCAAAAAGGCACGGCCAGAAAGCGGAACAUUUAGCCGGCCACGAUCAGUCGACCUGUCGCAGCCCGUCGGUGUUUAUACGGCCCUCAGCGCGGCUGGGUCUACUGUAUCUCUGCAUGAAGCGGCGGUUGUUGACACCGCUGCUGAUCCAUCUGACUUCGUGCACUAUCUGAGGGAGAUUCAGAAGCCAGAGAUGGUUGAAGUUGGAAAGAUUCACAAACUUCGACUUCUUCUUCGUAACGAAACAGUCGCUUGGGUCGAUGGGUUCAUCGCUGAAGGUGGCAUGAACGAGAUCGUUCAGCUCAUCUAUCGCAUAAUGAAGAUGGAGUGGCGAGAGGAUCACGAAGACACACUUCUUCACGAAGCUUUACUUUGCCUGAAGGGCCUCUGCACCACCUCUGUGGCUCUCGCGCGUCUGACCGCGAUUGAGGCAGACCUCUUCCCCGCAUUGCUGAAGAUGCUGUUUGACGAGGAAAAAAAGGGCCCAAGCGAGUUCACGACACGGAGCAUCAUCAUGAACCUCUUGUUCACACAGGUCUCUGCAGUGAGCCCCGAUGAGAUUCCAGGCAAGCGUGUUGAGCGAAUCCUGUCCUAUCUACGAGACCCUUCACCACAGGAGGAAAGCCAGCCAGUCUCUUUCAUCGCCAAUAUCUACCAGUCCCGACCCUAUCGUGUCUGGUGCAAGGAAGUCUCCAAUGUAACCAAGGAGGUCUUCUGGAUCUUCCUGCACCACCUGAAUGUGAUCCCGCUCCCCAAAUCCGAUCCCAAGUCAGAGGAUGUUUUCAUCGAGAAACGCCCCGCGGAUCCUCGUUCGUACUACCAACGGCACUUUCCUCCCCCUCGUCCACCGGUCCCCGCUGCUCCAUAUGUCGGCGGCGUCGAAUGGGAUGCAACCAACUAUCUCGCCUCACAUCUGGAUCUCUUGAACGCCAUGAUCGCCUCUUUGCCCACGACAGAAGCACGAAACCAGCUUCGAUCUGAGCUUCGCGCUUCUGGCUUUGAGAAGGUGAUGGGCGGUAGUCUCCGCACCUGCAAGGAGAAAUUCUAUUCUGCCGUCCACGACGGCCUUCGGACUUGGGUUGCUGCCGCGGCCGAAGACGGCUGGGCAUAUACUUCCGUGCGUGAGGGUCUUCGCGCUGGUGACCCCGGCUCUCCUACCAAGUCGCCCAAGAAGGCGCCUGGUAGCCCCAAAAAGAUCAUGCUCGAUGAAAAGCCACCUCAACUUCAGCUGGCCCUCGAUAUCCCUAACAACCGCCUUGCUCCCGGUCCAAUCUCUGUUCCUGGAACACCAUCGAGUGACCUCCCCCGCUGGCUUUAA